AAAAAAUCAGUGGUAGUUCCAUCCACAUCCAAGACGGAAUACAUCAUCAGAAACCUAGAGAAAGAUAAGCGGUAUGGUGUGUCCAUGUUUAGCUCUGCUUCAUCGCAAACCAGCCUCCGCAGCGAGAUGAAGUAUGGUACAGCCACCAACAAUGAUCUUUCAACAGGAGGAAUUACUGGUAUUGCAAUAGCUGGUUUAUUUAUUGCAGUCCUCAUCAUUGCUGGCUUGUUUUUCGUGGGCAGAAAUUUGAAGCAGCGAUAUUCACAAGCUAGAACACCGUAUGAGAUUGAUACUCCUGAAGUGGAAAAGGGCUUAUCUCCUGACCCUGUUUAUCAAGAUUCAUCUGCCAGUUCUACGUCUCAACUGAUCACGCCAACAAAACGUCCAAAGAAAAACAGGUUCAUUUCUGACGACCAUCAGAAAUUGUUGGACCCCAACUAUGCACUUAUUACGGAGUCAGAGUUGCAGGAUCUUGAUGGCCAGUCGAAUGUUGUUCAGAUGCGGAACCGUUUGAAAAUUGAGACGCAGAUUAGUAAAGACAGUGCUAGGGGUGAUAGCAUCUCCACAGAGCCAGAGUCUCCAGACAGGAUGGAUCCCGUUCCGGAGUUUGUUUUGCCGGGGGCUGAGGUAACUUCAAGACCACCUGAUAGAUCAUCUGAUCCCUCCUCCUAUAUUAAAGUGCAAAACAUACCACCCCAACAAAGUCCUGGCGAACAGAAUGAGCCCCAGUUACCUGGAGACAGAGAGGUUAUUACAGAGCCAGUCUCCUCUCAGGUGGUAAACAUCAAUCCUACUAACAUAACUGUCGGCUUUGUAGAAAGAUUAAACCAAAGGUCUGCUUGUACUAAUAACGGAUAUAUAGUUCCUGACCAAGUGAAGCUCAUACCUGUCAGUACAGGUAGGCCUGUCGAGGAUGUUUCUGCUCCAGAAACUAAUUCAUCAAGCACUGUAGGUUACUCACGUAUUACUGCACAAAGCCCUGGACAGGGACAAGAUCCAAGUAAACAAACAGCUGAAGGCAUAUCUGCUAGUAUGGUCAGCACUGUGGAACGAAUGUCGCAUUAUUCUUCAAAUAAAGACACAACCAAUCUUACCGGCCCAUCACCUUCCCCAUAUAUUGACUCCACCAAUGUCCGUGGUCAAUCACCUUCCCCUCCUGUAGACCCACACAAUACCACCCCCACACCACCUUCCCCUCCUGUAGACCCACACAAUACCACCCUCACACCACCUUCCCCAUAUAUAGACACCACCAAUGUCAGUGGCCAAUCACCUUCCCUUCCUGUAGUCCCACACAAUACCACCCUCGCACCACCGUCACCAUAUGUAGACACCACCAAUGUCCAUGGUCAAUCACCUUCCCCUCCUGUAGUCACACACAAUACCACCCUCACACCACCUUCCCCAUAUGUAGACACCACCAAUGUCAGUGGUCCAUCCCCUUCCCCUCCUGUAGACCCACACAAUACCACCCUCACACCCCCGUCACCAUAUGUAGACACCACCAAUGUCAGUGGUCCAUCACCUUCCCCUCCUGUAGACCCACACAAUACCACCCCCACACCACCUUCCCCUCCUGUAGACCCCCACAAUGCCACCCCCACACCACCUUCCCCUCCUGUAGACCCACACAAUACCACCCUCACACCCCCGUCACCAUAUGUAGACACCACCAAUGUCAGUAGUCCAUCACCUUCCCCUCCUGUAGACCCAAACAAUACCACCCUCACACCACCGUCACCAUAUGUAGACACCACCAAUGUCAGUGGCCAAUCACCUUCCCCUCCUGUAGUCCCAGACAAUACCACCCUCACACCACCUUCCCCACACAAUACCACCCCCACACCACCUUCCCUUCCUGUAGUCCCACACAAUACCACCCUCACACCACCUUCCCCUCCUGUAGUCACACACAAUACCACCCUCACACCACCUUCCCUUCCUGUAGUCCCACACAAUACCACCCUCACACCACCUUCCCCAUAUGUAGACACCACCAAUGUCAGUGGCCAAUCACCUUCCCCUCCUGUAGUCCCACACAAUACCACCCUCACACCACCUUCCCUUCCUGUAGUCCCACACAAUACCACCCUCGCACCACCGUCACCAUAUGUUGACUCCACCAAUAUGUGAUGAAGUUCCACCAGUUUUCCCAUCUAGCAGCUGCCAAUCCACAUCUGAGAACAUUUUAUUCCAGAGCUCACCAGUGCCAUUACAGGAA